AUGCAACUGGCCGUGCCUGCACUAUCGGAAUGGCACACUCGGACAGGGCCAACCCCAGCAGCCUCUCUGCUCCUGCCUUCACCAUGGCCGUGGCGGCCGUGGCGCACUGCCUCGGAAACCCUGUUGCAGAGCGACCAUCGCGACCAGACCAUCUUGACGCAGGUUGGACACCUGGCCCCGCCGGAGAUGCAACGCAGGCCUCACAGUGCGACAACAAAGAUCUGGGAAGGAAUCCCUGCCCUGGCGGUUCUGGCGGCCCUGGCUGCACGGGGAGUGGGCCACUGCACCCGAGACUCGAUAGAUUCCGUAGCGGCGGGCACGGCGCGCAUGGCCGGCUGGCUUUCAGGACCUUCGGAGGCGGACAACUUUCGGCAUCUACUCUCAAAGGGCACGGAAGAACAGGCACGGCAGGGCCAAGGCAGCCAAACGCGCUUGCAGCUGAGAAGGCGAAACACUCUGAGUCCGAGUGUGUCAAGCCCGAACAGCGAUACUGCACGUAUAAGUGGGUGCGAAACGAAAGAAUAUGAAGUCCGUGUUCCGGGCCGGCCACCCUGCUCGAGACAGCUGCAGCACGGGUCGGAUUCACUGCAUGUGCUGAGCCAGAGAAGGAUAUCUCCUGAGCAAGUUGGCGGCACUGCCUGA